AUGCCCCCCUUCAGCACGGAUGAUUACCACAAACUGCUUCAGAAAAUUGCAGUGCUAGAGACCAAAAUCAACCGGAUAGAAGCAAAUGUGGAUAGAAAUGGACGUUGCGGGAAUGAAACAACAUCUUGUGAUCAGGACCAUAACACACAGCUGAUCACUAUCGACCAAGAAGACUACAGAUCCUCCAAUGCCUCUUCUUCGGAUUCCCUCGGAGCUAAACCCAAAUCAUCUCACUGGAAUAUGGGAGGACAAGUAACAAGCAGAGCCCAGCGCCCUGAGAUCUUUGACGAGACUGGCUGGCCUAAACUAUCUUCAACCAGCGCAAGAAGCAACCGUGGAUAG